CAGUCGUUGGGGAGUCGUGGUGGUGGGAGUAUGCUGCUGGUAUCAUUUUGAAAGUUGGUCUUCUAAGACAUGUUAUCGUGGUUGCAGUAGAUGCUAGCGAACUGCCUGUAAUCAGAUACCGGUCUGGCGAACAUAUGCGUCAUUUUUGUCUCAUGUAGUAUUUCUAGCAUUUCGCUAAGUCGUUUAAUCUGAAAUGCAAAAUAAUCUAACAAACGCAUCUGGAAGGAUGGAGAACCCGUACCUGACCACGCCGGCGCUGCUGGGCCUGUCGCAGCACACGGCCGGAUUCUCGGAGGCCCUGAGAAUGUCCCGCACCUUCGCCCCUCAGGCGGCUGACAGCAAGGAGUACGGCGGCGGCGCGUUCGGCGGCGGCCCGCUGGCGCUGCGCUCCUCGUUCGACUUUCCCUCGCUGUCCGGUCCUCUGUUCCUGGGCUCGCCGUUCCUGCCGGCCGGCAUGGACCCGCGCCUGCCGUUCGCCGGCUCGGCCUUCCACCCGGUGACCUCUGCAGCCGCCGCGGCCGCCGCCGCCGCAGCCGCAGCCGCGCCGUUCGACAGGAAGUUCUUUUCGCCGGCGAAACGGGACCCGAAGCCGGAGCCGACGGGCGAGUACGGCGAGGUGUCGUCGACGGCGACGGCGGCGCGCCGGCCGGCCGACGACGAGGAGCGUGCCAGCACGGCGUCGGACCGCUCCAGCCCCGAGGAGGCCAGGGCCAGGAAGCGGGCGCCGUCGCCGGUGGACCCAUCCAGCUGCCCGAUCUGCUGCGAGGCGCUGCGGCCUGGAGAGGUGGCCAGCCACUGCCGCGCAGAGCUGGAGCGACUGCUGCAACAGACCAUCGGCGCCCGAGAGCGACACGACCGUGACGGACUCGGCUGGGAGACAUACCACCGGGUGCGCAGUAACCGGCAGCUGCGACUCCGCUGUAAGAUGCGCAAACGCCGCGGCGAGGACCCGAGCGACUGCGGCGGCGGCUGCGGGCCGGACCGCGCCGACCAGCAGCACUCGACCCGGCUGGCGCCACCGGCCAAGCGCCCUGCCACGGCGCUGGGCGGCGCCGCGGUCCCGGCCAGCCCCGGGAAGCCGGCGCCGGCCGUCGCGCCCGACGAUGACGAGGAGGUGGAUGUGCUGGGAGACGCCGACUGUAACGGCGGCGCCCCGGCCGGCGGCGGUGGGCCGGCGGCCGACUGGCGGCGGCCCAGGGACGACUCGGGCGCCACAGACCUGCGGACCACCGGUGUGGACGUGGCGGCCCGCGCCAGCCCCGUGUAUGAGGACGGUGUGCCGGACACCACAGCAGAGAAGGGCUCCGCGACCAGUGACCCGUCGGCGCCACUGGCCGCUGAGCUGGAGCGGCUGCGCGCCCAGCUGGCGGCGCUGGAGCACGAGACGAGCCGGUACCGGUGCGGCGUGUGCAGUCGCGCCUUCCGCCAGCCGCUGGUCUCCACACACUGCUGGCACGUGCACUGCACGCCCUGCUGGAACGCCGCGCUGGGCGCCGACCGGCGGUGUCCUCAGUGCAGUGUCCACGUGGACGCCGACGACUUGAACGCCAUACAUGUCUAGCUUCCUAGUCCCGAUGGCCACGUGCGGCACCAUCACGUGCCGGGCGCGCACGUGCAUACGAGCUGAUGUUGUAGACCCUUUACAUACACUUGACUGAUGUGUGUGAGCACAUAGACACACAUGCGCACAUGAUCGUUUGUCGGGUCCGUUAGAUUUCCCUAUUUGUCCAAAUCGCACGGUGCCAAGAUAUUGUUCAGGGCAACACAUCCAGACCACCCCGAACUCUGUAGCAGCCCGGGACGCCAGUCUGGUUUCGCCGCACACAGGUGUGCUGGCGUGCGGCGGUUCCGAUCGCGGGUCGACAGGGUGUCGCCCGCCGGCCGCCAUUCCGACGAGUGGGGGGCGGACUUCGUCCGCCUCUGACGGGGUUCUCGCCGCCCCAUGUCGUUCCCCAGGAGCUUCUCACACUGUUACACUGUAUGUGCUAGGUCUGGACUCGUGUAAAGUCGCCGGUGUUAUAUCCAGUCACUCGCAGUGUCACUGCGGCCGUUCGUGGUACACGUGUACCCUGCGCUGUUGCCACUGAUGCGGCCAGUAUCGGCAGUGAGUCACACGAGGCGCGGGCCGCCGGAGAAUAUACUGCACAGUACCGUGCCGUGCUGCUCGGCAGCUCAGGCGUAGUAGCCGAGUCCGCGCUGUGCUGUCUUAUCUGGCUGGUCUGGUGCAGCUCCAGGCGCGGCGGGUGCGCCGGGCGCGCCGCUGGAAUGGUCAGUAUGGGAGCGAGGUAUGAGCGCAGGCUCCCCUGUUGUGUGGUCAGUAUGGGAGCGAGGUAUUGGCGCGGGCUCCCCUGUUGUGUGGUCAGUAUGGGAGCCAGGUAUGAGCCGCCGCAGGACUCCCCUGUUGUGUGUUGAUGUUACCCGCCGCAGCGGGCUGAUCCUAUUCGUGCCAAAGACAGUUGUUCUGUGCAGUGGUCCGUUUGAGAGCGUGUGUGCGUGUGCGGCCUCCAUAAAGAGCUCACCAUUCCCGUGCUACUUGGCGUUGUGCGUGCGUGGUGUAUGUGUGCUUAAUGUACAAAGUAAUCCAGAAUACUACGGUACAACCCUGA